AUGCCACUAUUCCGCCGCGACAUGUCUAUUAACACAAAGACUCGCCGGAAAGCGUAUAUCGCUCUUGGAAGCAAUGUAGGCGACAGGCUUGAAAUGAUCGAGAAAGCAUGUCUGGCCCUGGAUCAGGAUCCGGAUAUCAAUGUCACACGGACAAGUUCGCUUUAUGAGACCGAACCCAUGUACGUCCAGGAUCAGGCCAGAUUCCUCAAUGGCGCUUGCGAGGCCAUCGAGAACGAACUAGGGCGUGUCAAACUCAUCGAUAAAGGACCGCGAAGCAUUGAUCUGGAUAUCUUGCUGUACGAAAAUCAAGUCAUCGAUACAGAACGCUUGAAAGUACCGCAUAUCCUCAUGCUCGAAAGAGAAUUUGUGCUUCGGCCGCUCUGCGAGUAA